GGGAUGGAGGAAAAACGUUAGCUGAGAAAGAGUAACCGGACACACCCAUGUCCCUAACCUUACACCUGUUUUUAUAAUCCCAUUCCAUUCCCUUACAUCCCAAAUUGGCCGAGUCGAGUUAUGAACUCACCCUAACUCGUUCUUCCCUCUUUCCUUCUUUCUCUUGUGGUUGUAUCUGUGAGCUACCUUCGCACUCCUUUUCCUCCAUCCCUAUCCAACUCCUUACCCCUUUCUCUAUAUAUCAUAUCCUAUUCACUCACUCGCCUUCAGCUCCUUCACCCACCGCCAUUCACAUCCUUUUCGUUGAAUAAUGGCUGUUGAGGCUUCUGAUAAACCAAAUUUACCGCAUGAUUUUGAUGAUGAUGAUGAUGGGCCAAUAAUUCUGAAAAGGUACUCAUCAACUAAGAAAAAUCAAUUGCAUUCGGAAGUCAGGAAGUCAAGUUCUCACAGUCAUGAUGGACAGUCAUAUAGACAAAAUUUGGAUGCGCCUUCUUCAAAUGGCCAAACUUCUAGCAUACAAAAAGUUAGUAAUGUCUCAUCUGCCAAGACAUCGUCCGGGAAGAAUUCAGUAGGUAGUUCAAAAGCAUCAAAUUCGCUUGUCAAUGCCUCCUCUAUGAAGUUGCCUGUAGCAAAUUUGAAAUCAUCUUCAUCAGGAGAUAAAUCAAAGGCUCUUCUGGAACAGAAAAUGUCCAUUAAGGUUAAGGAGGAAACAAAAUCUAUUGAACAUUGUGCUAAAACUUACUCUGAAGAUUCAGAUGAUGAGGAUAAUAAACCGUUGAGUGUUAGGUUGAAAAACUCUAACCAUGAUAACAAAGUGACCCCUGUUGUUGUCAAGAAAUCUUCUGAAGACUCUGACGAUGAUGAUGAUAUUCCUUUGUCAGCAAAGUUAUUCCAGAAUUCCAAAGUGGGAACAUCUAGCAGUAACCAUCGUGAAUCUGAUCAGAAGAAGCCUAUUCCAAAAGUUCAGAAAGGGAAGCUAAAUGGUUCCAGCACAAGUAAUAAACAGGAAAGGGGAUCUACAUUGCCAGUUAAGAGACCACUAGAUAAUAGUAAUUCCUCACAAACUUCUGUUAAGAAAUCAAAGGUCUCAGAUCCAGCUGCAUCUAUCAAAACUAAGGCAGUCUCUGUGAAACGAGAGAUGAAGGUAGAGGAGGAUGAUGAUGAUGAUAUUCCUAUUUCCCAGCGAAUAAAGAAGUCAGCCACAUCAGGUGAUAAAUCAUCCUCGACCAAGAAGGUGUUGGCAAAGGUUACUAAAGUUAACAAGUCUAGUUCAACACCUUUUAAGAAACAGGCCAAAAAGAAGUUAAAAAAAUCAGGCAGUGGUUCAGAAUAUUCCAAAUCUACAAAACUUCUCCCUAGCUCUGGUGAUGGGCAGAAAAAAUGGACUAAUUUGGUUCACAAUGGUGUCAUUUUCCCUCCUGCUUACCAGCCGCAUGGGAUAAAGAUGCUCUAUAAGGGAAAACCAGUUGAUUUGACUCCUGAGCAAGAGGAGGUUGCUACAAUGUAUGCUGUCAUGCGAGAUACGGAUUACAUGCAUAAAGACAAGUUCAAGGAAAAUUUCUGGAAUGACUGGCGAAAGUUGCUUGGAAGAAAUCAUGUAAUUCAGAACUUGAAAGAUUGCGACUUUACUCCAAUCUAUGACUGGUACCAAAGUGAAAAGGAAAAGAAGAAGCAAAUGACUACAGAAGAGAAGAAGGCAUUGAAGGAAGAGAAAGUGAAACAAGAGGAGAAAUACAUGUGGGCUAUGGUCGAUGGUGUUAAAGAGAAGGUUGGAAAUUUUAGAGUUGAACCACCAGGAUUGUUCCGAGGCCGAGGAGAGCAUCCCAAGAUGGGAAAAUUGAAAAAGCGCAUUCGUCCAAGUGAUAUCACAAUUAAUAUAGGAAAGGAUGCCCCAAUUCCAGAAUGUCCUAUUCCUGGUGAAAAGUGGAAGGAGAUAAGACAUGAUAAUACAGUCACUUGGUUAGCCUUUUGGAGUGAUCCUAUCAAUCCAAAGUUAUUCAAAUAUGUGUUUCUGGCUGCUAGUAGUUCCUUGAAGGGGCAAAGCGACAAGGAAAAGUAUGAGAAAGCUAGGAUGUUAAAGGGUUACAUAGCAAAUAUUAGGGCUGCAUACACAAAAGAUUUUACGAGUAAAGAUAUUACAAAGCAGCAAAUUGCUGUUGCAACUUAUCUUAUUGAUAAAUUAGCUCUAAGGGCUGGCAAUGAGAAGGACGAUGAUGAAGCUGAUACUGUUGGUUGCUGCACAUUAAAAGUAGAGAAUGUGACAAGAGAAGCCCCCAACAAAUUGAAGUUUAACUUCCUUGGUAAAGAUUCUAUCAAGUAUGAAAAUACGGUUGAGGUUGAGCUUUCUGUUUAUAAUGCAAUUUUGAAGUUUCAAAAAGAUAAACGCCCAGGUGAUGAUCUUUUCGACAAGCUGGAUACAAAUAAAUUAAAUGCUCAUCUGAAGGAACUCAUGCCUGGUUUAACGGCAAAAGUCUUCCGUACAUUCAAUGCAUCUAUCACAUUGGAUGAUAUGUUGAAUAAGGAAACUAAAGAUGGAGAUGUUGGGGAAAAGAUUGUUGUUUAUCAACAUGCAAAUAAACAGGUUGCAAUCAUUUGUAAUCAUCAACGUAGUGUUUCAAAAUCUCAUGGUGCACAAAUGUCAAGGUUAACUGAAAAAAUUGAUGAACUUCAGGCUGUUCUGAAGGAGCUGAAAACGGAUUUGGACAGGGCAAGGAAGGGAAAGCCUCCUUCAAAGAGUUCAGAUGGGAAGAGAAAAAAGAACUUAAGUCCUGAAGCGCUAGAGAAAAAGAUAUCCCAAACCAAUGCAAAAAUUGAGAAAAUGCAACGUGAUAUGAAGACAAAAGAAGAUCUGAAAACGGUGGCAUUAGGCACAUCCAAGAUAAACUACCUUGACCCCAGGAUUACAGUUGCCUGGUGCAAGCGGCAUGAGGUUCCUAUCGAAAAGAUUUUCAACAAAUCUCUGCUGGCGAAGUUCUGUUGGGCAAUGGAUGUGGAUCCUGACUUCAGAUUCUGAGAUCUAUAGAAUGGAGCCAUGUUUGUGAUGGUUGGGGAAAACAUUUCAUUUUUACUCAUUUCUUUCCUAUAAAAAUUAUUUUUUUUUCCUGUUUUGACAAGUUUAGCGGAAAUUGAUGUUGUAAAAGUUCAUCUAAUCUAAUUAUGGGGUGAGUUGCCCCUUCUUCAUUGACCAGUUUUCUAUUUAAACUGUUAACCAUUCAUAGUCAUGAUUUUAAUGUGAUACCCAUUGCCAAAUGUGGAAAAUGAGGUAAAGUUUUGUAGUUUCAUUCUUUAUAUUUUUUAUUAUUCUGUGAUUGGUAAUCGUACUCGUUCAUCUCGGAGCUGAUUUCCCUUUUAGAGACAGACACAACAGCACAAGCCCGGUACAGGAACUUCUGGUCUUUUCUUUCUAAUCGUGGGUAUUGUGUUUAUUUCUUCUAAAUGACAGGGUAAUGUUGGGAGUGAAAAUGACUGGAUCUUAGGGGGUUUAUUUGCUUUGAUUUUGCAAGCCUCUAGGGAACUUGAAUUGUUUCGUUGUUAGUGUUUCAGAUAAACAAUGGAUCAUUCUUUGAUUAUAAGUUUUGAUUGACCAUGCAAAAAUUACAGGUGCAUGUUCUUUCUGUAAGAAUGAAGUCUUUAGUUUGUGUGAAUUUGAUUCCUUACUUUCGUUAAAGGAAAAAGAUAGUUGAACUGU